AUCGCUUGGAUUGACUGAAACACAUCGCUUUUAAACUGAGAAUCACACGCUGACUGAAAAUGGGCAACGGUGGCAACAUCGAGGACAUCAUCUGGACGAUCAAGAACGGGGAGUACGAUGAGGUGGAGCGGGUUUUCCUGGCGGGAUCGCACAACGUGAACGACCAGAUGGGCCUCAGAUUCCCAUUGCACUACGCCGCCGACUUUGGCCAGCUGAAGCUGCUGAAGUUCUUCGUGCGGAUCGGGGCCGAUGUGGACCGGAAGGACAAGUACGGGAUCACCCCGCUGCUGGCGGCCAUUUGGGAGGGUCACACCAGCUGCGUGGAGUUCCUGCUCCAGAUGGGCGCCAGUCGGACGGGUCGGACGCCCGGGGGACAGAGCUACUCGGAGGCCGCCGAGCAGGACGACAUCCGACUGCUCCUGGCGAUGGAUUAAAGUCCUCGGCGACUCCAAUCGAUCUAAAUUCAAGGUGCAGCUUCAUAUGGAGAUGUUAUUGGUAGUGAUAGUGAUCUACAAUGUGAACAUUCAUUAUGUACGGUUGGCUAACUACAUUAUUAUAUUAUACAUUUUGAGGUUCCAAGAAAUGAGUGUACUUGGAAGCCAAAUCAAAUUAA